AUGAAUUUCUUCAAGACAAAGCCAAGGACGCCACCGGACCUUGUGAGGGGAUUGAGGGACGCUAUACCACGGUUGGAGGGGGGCGCACCGGGGGGGGAGACGAGGAGGAAGAACCUACAGCAGAUCAAGGCUAUCCUGUAUGGUGAUGGCGAACCAGCUCCAGAGCUCAUAGCGCAACUCGCACAAGAAACAUACAACACCGACCUCCUCUUCCUCCUCGUCCAAAACGUGGCUCGGUUCGAAUUCGAAGCGCGCAAAGACGUUGUUCAGAUAUUUAAUAAUCUCCUACGGAGGCAGAUUGGAUCACGUUGGCCGACGGUGGAGUACCUUUCUGCGAAGCAUGAGGUUAUCUUUGCUGCGCUGGCUGGGUAUGAAAAUGAGGAGGUUGCGUUGAAUACGGGGAUGAUACUCAAGGAGAUGUUGAGGCAUGAACAGCUAGCAAAGGUGUUGUUGUAUUCUGAUCAGUUCUAUAAAUUCCCGCAUUACAUCGAAACAACGACUUUUGGGAUUUCGUGUGAUGCGUUUGCGAAUCUCAAGGAGACGCUUACGCGGCAUAAACCUAUGGUUGCGGAAUACCUGGAUAAGAACUAUGAUAGAUUCUUCUCAUCAUUUACAACACUGAUUCUCUCAAACAACUACGUCACAAAACGGCAAUCCCUAAAGCUACUUGGGGAGAUCCUCCUCGAUCGGGCGAAUUUCAACGUGAUGACGCGGUAUAUCGCCAAUGAGGCCAACCUGAAAAUGAUGAUGAACCUUUUGCGGGAUAAAAGCAAGAAUAUCCAAUUUGAGGCGUUUCACGUGUUCAAGGUGUUUGUGGCGAACCCGAAGAAACCCCCUCAGAUUGAGACGAUUUUGAGGAGGAAUAAGGAUAAGCUACUGGCGUUCCUUAAGUCGUUCCAUAAUGAUAAAGAAGAUGAACAGUUUAGUGAUGAGAAACAGUUCCUUAUCGUACAAAUUCAAGGACUUUGA